CCGAGAGCCGCUGUCCCGGGCCUGGCCCGUGUGCGUCCGCCUGCUGGAGCGGGGCAGCGCGGGCCCACUGGGCACGGGACUGAGUGAGUGCACUGACCUCGGCCCGGGAGUCUGAGGAUCCCGGGCACCUCCGCGCCCCCUGGGGGGCCUGCGGGUCGCACGUUUUCCCUCCGGAGCUUCCGUGGCUCGGACUCCUCCUCGGCGGGGCGAGGCCAGGUGCCACCGCUUCGCACCUCGUCUCCCUCGCGCUUCCUCCGCCACCCCGGCGGAGCCCGUGCGCCCCUUCCCGCGUCGGCCGGCUGCGGAGCCGACUGCGGCCCCGCGGCCACCCUGUCCUAACUCUCCGGAAGCGGCCGGAGUGGAGGCCGCCGCCGCCCAAGCCCGGCCCGACCCACACCGUGGGACCCUCUUUGCGCCCAAACUUGGGAGCACUUGACCUUUGGCUGUCGGAGGAGGCAGGCCCGCAGGUGGCUGGACAGCUGCGGCGCGGCGAGGGCAGCUUGCCUAGGAACUGUGGGCUGCGCUCCCGGGGCUCCUGGCUUUGCCUCCGGGAUCCCAAGGUGUCCACACCAGGCGCAUGGUGACUGAGACCGACGGUCAUGGAGGUGUGCGCCCGUCUUGCCCUGUGGCUUCUCUGGGGGCUCCUCCUGCACCAGGGCCAGAGCCUCAGCCACAGCCACAGCGAGAAGGCGGCAGGAGCCGGUUCCGGGGCGACUAACGAGGAGUCCACUGCAGCAGAAUUUUGCCGGAUUGACAAGCCCCUGUGUGACAGUGAGGAUGAGAAGCUAAGCUUUGAAGCAGUCCGCAACAUCCACAAGCUGAUGGAUGAUGAUGCCAAUGGUGAUGUGGAUGUGGAAGAAAGUGAUGAGUUCCUAAGGGAAGACCUCAAUUACCAUGACCCAACAGUGAAGCACAGCACCUUCCAUGGUGAGGAUAAGCUCAUCAGUGUGGAGGACCUGUGGAAGGCUUGGAAGUCCUCAGAAGUGUACAAUUGGACAGUGGAUGAGGUGGUGCAAUGGUUGAUCACAUAUGUGGAGCUGCCUCAAUAUGAGGAGACCUUCCGGAAGCUGCAACUUAGUGGUCAUGCCAUGCCAAGGCUAGCUGUAACCAAUACCACCAUGACAGGGACUGUGCUGAAGAUGACAGAUCGGAGUCACCGGCAGAAGCUGCAGCUAAAGGCCUUGGACACAGUGCUGUUUGGACCUCCUCUUUUGACCCGCCAUAAUCAUCUCAAGGACUUCAUGCUGGUAGUGUCUAUUGUUAUUGGUGUGGGCGGCUGCUGGUUUGCCUAUAUCCAGAACCGUUACUCCAAGGAGCACAUGAAGAAGAUGAUGAAGGAUUUGGAAGGCUUACACCGAGCUGAGCAGAGCCUACAUGACCUUCAGGAAAGGCUGCACAAGGCCCAGGAAGAGCACCGCACAGUAGAGGUGGAAAAGGUCCAUCUGGAAAAGAAGCUGCGUGAUGAGAUCAACCUUGCCAAGCAGGAAGCCCAGCGGCUGAAGGAGCUGCGGGAAGGUACAGAGAAUGAGCGGAGCCGCCAAAAAUAUGCUGAGGAAGAGUUGGAGCAGGUUCGGGAGGCCUUGAGGAAAGCAGAGAAGGAGCUGGAAUCACACAGCUCAUGGUAUGCUCCAGAGGCCCUUCAGAAAUGGCUGCAGCUGACACAUGAGGUGGAGGUUCAGUACUACAAUAUCAAGAAGCAAAAUGCUGAGAAGCAGCUGCUUGUGGCCAAAGAGGGGGCUGAGAAGAUAAAAAAGAAGAGAAACACACUCUUUGGCACCUUCCAUGUGGCCCACAGCUCUUCCUUGGAUGAUGUGGAUCAUAAAAUCCUAACAGCUAAGCAAGCACUGAGUGAGGUGACAGCAGCACUGAGGGAGCGCCUGCACCGCUGGCAGCAGAUUGAGAUCCUCUGUGGCUUCCAGAUUGUCAACAAUCCUGGCAUCCACUCUCUGGUAGCUGCCCUCAACAUAGACCCCAGCUGGAUGGGCAGUACACGCCCCAACCCUGCCCACUUCAUCAUGACUGACGAUGUGGAUGAUAUGGAUGAAGAGAUUGUAUCACCUUUGUCCAUGCAGUCUCCCAGCCUGCAAAGCAGUGUUCGGCAGCGCCUGACAGAGACACAGCACGGCCUGGGAUCUCAGAGGGAUUUGACCCAUUCCGAUUCGGAGUCCUCCCUCCACAUGAGUGACCGCCAGCGUGUGGCCCCCAAGCCUCCUCAGAUGGGCCGUGCUGCAGAUGAGGCUCUCAAUGCCACGACUUCCAAUGGCAGCCAGCGGCUGACUGAGGGGGUCCAUCCAGGAUCUCUGGUAGAGAAAGUGCCUGACAGCCCCGCUGUGGCCAAGAAAGCAUUACUGGCACUGAACCAUGGGCUGGACAAAGCCCACAGCCUGAUGGAGCUGAGCCCCUCAGCUCCACCUGGUGGCUCCCCACCUUUGGAUUCCUCCCGUUCUCAUAGCCCCAGUUCCCCAGACCCAGACACACCAUCUCCAGUUGGGGACAGCAGAGCCCUGCAGGCCAACCGAAACACACGCAUUCCUCACUUGGCUGGCAAGAAGGCCAUGGCUGAGGAGGAUAAUGGUUCUAUUGGUGAGGAGACUGACUCCAGCCCAGGCAGGAAGAAGUUAACCCUCAAAAUCUUUAAGAAGCCUCUUAAGAAGUAGACAAAUAGGGGUGACAGUGGUGAGACAGCUUUUCCUUCCCUGGGUCUUCUGCCUCCCUGUCCUUCCCUUUGUUCAAGAUAUCUGGCCCCUAGACCAGACUAGAGGGCUGGCCCAGAGGCUUGGGCACUGUACAUACCCACCUCCCUCACCCUUGGGUCCUUCAUCAUUAUUUAUUAACUGACCACCAUGGCCUGCUUGCCCUGCUUCCCUCUCAACCACGGGCUGCUGCUGCCACUCCCUCUCCACUUCAGUGCAUGUCUUAGUUGCUGUUCCCUCAACUUCCAGCUCCACCUCUGGGGUGCAGCUUCUGUCUCUGCUGUCCCAGUUUGAGGUUUGAUUUUUCUUUUGUUUGUUUUGUUUCUGUCUCCUGAUUUUAUGCUCCUCCCUCCCACCACUCCCCAACUUCCUGUAGCAAUUGUGGGGAAAAAGGAGGAGUAACUUCUGACACCUGCUUAUACCUCAGAUAUGUUCAUCCCACCUGCAAUCAUUCUGUUUGCCACAGAUGGGCCAAAGGUUUACUCUUAGGAGUUUGUUCUUUGGGAAUGUAGUGGGCUGGAGAGAACCUCAUCCUGGCCUCCAGUAGUUUGGGGGGGGGGCGGGAAGGUGGAUAGUGAAACCAAUUUCCAGGAACAAGCCACCAGAGCUUAAAGUGAGGCUAGGUUUGGGAUGGAUUGGGAGAGACCUCGCUUAGAGGAUAAAUGGAUGCCAAAGCUGUGGCCUAUAAGGCCCUCACCUCUCCUCUCUUAUCCUGCCCACACCUGCCUUUUUCUUGCCCCUUUUACUCCAUACUGCAGGAGCAUUAGUCUCUAUGAGGUGCUGCCCCAAAGCAACCCAAAGCAUCAAUACUCCUGGAGCUCAGGACAAUUGGCUCCCCUGGCUGUGUGAGCCACCAGUCAUGACUCAGGGCUCUUGUGAAACCCUGGAGUCGUUUGGCAAGAAUGUUGUUGUAUUUGAACCAAAAGAUACAAGUUUAAACGUGAACAAAAGGAAAUCUCCUGAAUUUCCCAAGUGCCUGCACAGUGUACUCCCCUUGUCAGAUUCCCCUGAUUUUCGUGUACACGUAGUCUGGGCCAGAGGCUCAAAAAGGACACAACUGGUUUGGAAAAGAGGUGGUGAAGGAAGAUGGUAUAUAUGAAAGCUGCUGUAUGACCACUUCCCUCUACCCUUCUCAUCUUCUAGACAACUCUCUCCUUUACCUAUUUUUGCUAUGGCUGUAAAGGUAUUUUUCCUCUGCCCCACUCUGCCAUGCUGAACCCUAUUGUGGGUACAACUGGGACUGGUCUUAGGAGGGUGCCAGGCUUCAGACUGCCUUGUGCCCACUGGACACCCUCACUUGGGUUUUUCCGUGUUAUUUCAUAAGACUCUUUGAAGUCCAAUAAAGCAUGUAGGAGAUUUUA